AUGCCCGCUUCCUCCAGGCUCGAGCUUUGCUUGAAGCUCGUGGCGCUAAACUUCUCUGUUAAAGCUUAUCCUUCACAGCCGUAAAAGUAGAAUAGAACAAUCUUACUUGACAAGAAGAAUCUUGUCUGUCCUUUGCGAGUGGGAGGACGGAUUUGGAAAAUUAAAGGAUUUGGUCAUAAAGAAUUAUGGCAUUAUCCCUUUCUUCUUUCACCAUCACAAAGCCAUUCUCAGAGCUUUCAUCAACUCUACAGCAUAACAGCUUAAAUUAUGGAAAUCAGAGACCAAAUGCAGUUUCGAUAAGGUGUGAAUCUUCAGAAGACCAAUUAUCAGCUGGAAACGAUGUGGCAGCAAAAGGUUCAAAGAAGUUGCAGAUAGGGUCUCCCAUUAUUGUUAUAGAGGCUCCCAAGGUGAUAAAGACUGCAGCUUCUGUUCCUUGUUUAAGGGCUAAUUCUGGCUUGGUCAAGCCUGGUGAUGUUGGAAGAAUUGUAUCAAGGAAACCCAAAGAUGUGUGGGCAGUGAGGCUCAGCGUUGGAACCUAUCUCCUAGAUGGGAAAUACUUCAAGCCCUUAGACUUGGCUGAGUUUAGCUGAAUCUCAGACAUAAAUAUUGUGUGUAUGUUUCAUUGUAUAUUUUUACUUCAUUGAGUUAAGUUGUUAGGCCACUUCUGUUUAUCUCCUAUUUUGAACAAUGUUUGUGAAGUAUAAGAAAUGCAAGCAAUAGAAAUUGGUUGGCUAGUA